AUGUCUUUAGCCUUCCCCCGCCGGCUGCUGUCGAGCCACACUCUUUCAGCCGCCCGUUUCUCUUCACGCACCUUCUCCACCUCUCGACGGGCAUUGGCAGACCAGGUUCGCAUAGUAGAAGUCGGCCCAAGAGAUGGACUGCAAAACGAGAACACGAGUAUACCUGCCGAGACAAAGAUUGAGCUGGUGAGGAGGCUUGCGGCAACAGGUCUCGAUGCCAUCGAGGCUGGCAGCUUCGUGCAUCCCAAAUGGGUCCCACAGAUGGCGGCCUCUGACAAAGUCCUCUCAUCCAUACUCGCAAAUCCACCUCGCUCGCAAAAGCCUAUGACAUACCAAUGGCUGCUACCGAACAGCAAAGGCCUGGACAACUACUUCAAAACACAUGAAGUGUCCAUCUUCAUGGCAGCGACGGAAUCGUUCAGCAAGAAGAACACCAACUGCACAAUAAAAGAGAGUUUAGAUCGCUUCGCGCCGCUCAUGGCAGAGAGCAGAAAGGCUGGAUAUUCUGUGCGAGCAUACAUCUCCGUGGCUCUGGGUUGUCCAUUUGAAGGGCCCGACGUGGACCCACACAAGGUCGCUGAACUAGCAGCGUCGCUGCUAGAGAUGGGUGCGGACGAAAUCAGCGUGGCAGAUACGACAGGCAUGGGAACAGCUCCAAGGACACAAAAGUUGCUGCAGACGCUCAAGGAGGCCGGUGUGAGGAGCGAAGACCUGGCUUUGCACUUCCACGAUACCUUCGGGCAAGCGUUGAUCAACACCAUGGUAUCUUUGGAGCAUGGCAUCCGAACGUUCGACAGUGCAGUAGGCGGACUCGGAGGAUGCCCCUACAGCCCUGGUGCUACGGGCAACGUCGCUACUGAGGACCUGGUCUACUUCUUACAUUCCCUCGGCGCACAAACAGGCGUAGAUCUGGACGAGGUCAGUCGGAUCGGUGACUGGAUCACCGCAGAGAUUGGCAAGUCGAAUAGUGCGAGUGCUGGCAAGGCGACACUGGCUCGGCUGAAACGAGAAGGCAGCGCUUAG